AAUAUGCAUAUGAUAUGACUAAUUGACUGUAUCACCAGUUCCCUUUCGUAUUUACAAAUACUAUAGUAAUAGUAAUAUGCUUUGAUUUCUUCUUUAUUUUAUUGAAUGGAUCAAAAUCAAAAGUUGAUUGUUCCAAGACGCGGCUGCGUCGGUCUCUCUCGGUUUCAACUGUGAACUGUGAGCUGGUAAUGGUUUCAUAAAUCUCACUGCAUCCAUGGCUUCGGAGAAGAUUUCCUCGAUUCUCUUGUUUUCUGCUGUAAUUUUGCUUGUCCGUGAUGCUCCUUCUGCCAUAGCUGGGGACAUAGUUCACGACGACGAUUCAACUCCCAAAAAGCCCGGUUGCGAGAACCAGUUCGUUCUGGUAAAAGUGCAAACUUGGGUCAAUGGUGUCGAGGAUGUUGAAUUUGUUGGUGUGGGUGCCAGAUUUGGCAGAGCUAUUGUGUCCAAAGAGAAAAAUGCAAAGCACACGCGCCUUAUUCUUUCAGAUCCUCGGGAUUGUUGUAUUCCGCCAAAGAAUAAGAUUGUGGGAGAUGUCAUCAUGGUGGAUCGAGGCAACUGCACAUUCACAAAAAAAGCAAAUAUUGCACAGAAUGCUAAUGCUUCGGCCAUCCUCAUCAUAAAUAACCAAAAAGAACUGUACAAGAUGGUUUGCGAACCUGAUGAAACUGAUUUGAACAUACACAUACCUGCUGUCAUGCUUCCAUUAGAUGCAGGUACAAGGCUGGAAAAAAUGCUGACGACUACUUCAUCUGUGUCUGUGCAGCUGUACUCACCAUUUCGACCAGCUGUUGACAUAGCAGAAGUAUUUCUUUGGAUGAUGGCAGUUCUUACAAUAUUGUGUGCAUCAUAUUGGUCAGCUUGGACAACCCGAGAAGCAGCUAUUGAACAGGAUAAGCUACUAAAGGAUGCUUCAGAUGAAAUCCCAAACACUAAAUAUGCUAGUGUUAGCGGAGUUGUAAACAUGAAUGUGAAAGCUGCAGUGCUUUUUGUUGUAUUUGCUUCAUGUUUCCUGUUUAUGCUUUACAAAUUGAUGUCGUCGUGGUUCAUUGAUGUCUUGGUUGUUCUCUUCUGUAUUGGUGGUAUUGAGGGCUUGCAAACAUGCUUGGUUGCUCUUUUGUCCAGGUGUGGUGUAUCAUCUUUAAUGAAUGAUCAGGAUGCUUUAAUACCUUGUACUGGUGAAAAUCAUGUCAUAAGGUGGUUCAAGCAUGCUGGAGAGUCAUACAUCAAAGUACCUUUCUUAGGAGCCAUUUCAUACCUGACUUUGGCUGUUUCUCCAUUCUGUAUAACAUUUGCCGUUCUCUGGGCAGUUUAUCGCAACGUAUCCUUUGCCUGGAUUGGUCAAGAUAUACUUGGAAUUGCACUGAUAAUCACAGUUCUACAGAUUGUACAUGUACCAAAUCUCAAGGUUGGUACAGUACUUCUCGGCUGUGCCUUCAUUUACGACAUCUUUUGGGUGUUUGUCUCAAAGAAGUUUUUCAAGGAAAGUGUCAUGAUUGUGGUAGCCCGAGGUGAUCGAAGUGGAGAAGAUGGAAUUCCCAUGUUACUGAAGUUCCCUCGUAUUUUUGAUCCAUGGGGUGGUUACAGCAUCAUAGGUUUUGGAGACAUCCUUUUACCAGGAAUGCUGGUGGCAUUCUCACUCAGGUACGAUUGGCUGGCAAAUAAGAGCCUUAGAAGUGGAUAUUUCUUGUGGGCAAUGGUUGCAUAUGGCUUUGGCCUUUUAAUUACGUACGUGGCACUAAACUUGAUGGACGGGCAUGGCCAACCGGCACUACUAUACAUCGUUCCAUUUACCCUUGGGACCCUGAUGACAUUGGGGCGGAAGCGAGGAGAUUUGAGGGUUUUGUGGACAAGUGGAGAACCUGAAACACCCUGCCCACAUAUAAGACUCCAACACAGUGGAGAAUUAAGCCUUGAAUGAGUGAAUGACGUUGUAACUUUGUACCUGUGUGAUGUAAUUCGGUGUAUGCAAUGCAUGGCUUAUCUUCAAUUAAGCACCAUAGUUUCAUGUAACCAAUCCCCUUUAAACAAAGCAGGGGCUCACAUUUAUAGUAAAUGUCUACAAUUAAUGUAGAGUUUGUUCAAAUUGUUCGACAUAGAAA